AUGAUUGAAGGAUUGGAAACUGAUGAAAUACCUGUCAAAGCUAGUGCAAAUGUGACUACUGCAGGUGAACAAAACAAUGCAGAUGAGGAAGAAGUUGCUUCUAAAGGUAUUUUCUGGUUGUUUAUGCAAGGUAGGAAGGUAGUUAGAGAACUUCUCUUUGACCCUGAGAUCGAGAAAACAGCUAAAGCAAACAGAAAAGCGGCGCGAUUAGCUCGUGAAGCUGCUCGGUUAGCAAGUGUUGCACCAAACAUAAGUGAAGAGGAGAUUUCUAGUCCAGAACAUUCGGACAACGAAGCCAACAUCCCCAUCAUGGCUGCUGAUCCACCGCCUCCUUUGAGAACAUUAGGUGAUUAUGGCCAGAGAAACAAUGGAGAGCUGGCAAAUUUGGGAUUUCAACCGAGAAACCCAGUUUCAUUUGAGAUUAAAAAUUCUGUGCUAAGUGCACUCAAGGAAGACCAAUUUUCGGGUUCGGAGUCACAAUGCCCCAACCUUCAUCUACAAAAGUUCUAUGAGGCAUGUGAUUAUACCGAUCCUCCUAAUAUUUCAGAAUCUGCAAAGAGGUUGAGGCUUUUCAAGUAUUCUCUAACUGGAAGAGCAAAAGACUGGUUGGACACUAUACCACCAAACACCAUCAACACUUGGCAAGAGCUGGAGGUAAAAUUCUUAGAAAGAUACUUCCCCAUUCACAAGUACCUUGAGAGAAGGCAGGACAUAACAAGCUUUGAGCAAGGGGACUCUGAAACAUUGUAUGAUGCAUGGGAAAGGUUUAAGCUGAGUUUGAAGAAAUGUCCAAAGCAUGGUAUUGACAGUCAUGCUCAAAUGCAGCACUUUACUCAAGGAUUAAGGCCUCAAACCAGAAUGUUUUUAGAUGCAUCAGCAGGUGGCUCUCUGAAAAAUAAGAAUGAAAAUGAAGCUAGAGAAUUGGUUGAGAAUAUGUCUCAAAAUGAGUAUAGAGUUCAAAAUGACAGAGGUGCGAAGAAAAAGGGUGGUAUGCUAGAGCUUGAUACACAAACUGCUCUUCUAGCACAAUCCACUUUGAUGAAUUCUCAAAUGGCAACUAUGUUGAAGCAUUUCACUAAUACUCCAAAUUCCCAAGCGCAAGUAAUGGCAGCUCAAGAUUUGAAAUGUGAUUUUUGUGGGCAAGGCCAUGCCAACGGUGAAUGUUUUCCUGAAGGUUCAGAAGAAGCUAAAUAUUUGGCUAAUUUCAAGAGAAGCAAUCCCAAUCAUAACCUGUACUCUAACACUUAUAAUCCGGGUUGGAGAGAUCAUCCAAAUUUUGGUUGGGGAGGAAAUCAAGGGUCUUCUCAAUCUCAACAACAAUCAUCUUCACAGAAUUCUCAACAAACAAAACCGUCUCAGCUGGAAGAUACUCUUACUCAAUUUAUCAAGCUGACUCAAGGAAAUUUUGAGGCAAUGAAGAUGAGCCAAGAUCAGAUGAAAGCCAAUCAAGAUCAGAUGAAAGCCAAUCAAGACAUUGCCAACAAGAAUCAUGAAGCUUCAAUUAAAAACCUUGAAAAUCAAAUGGGUCAAUUGUCAAGACAAUUUGCAGCUACUCAAAAUAAUGGUUUUGAGGGGUCUACAAAAGAUAAUCCCGGCCAUGAGAGUUGCAAGGCUAUUAAUUUGAGGAGUAGAGUGGUUCCUUCACCGGAAGUUGUGACAAAGAAAAAAAUUGAAAUUGAGGAGUUAGUUGAAAAUGAGAAAGAGAGUGAUGAGAAGAAAGUUGAAAAGAAGAAGGGUAAGGAUGUGGAAGAAAAAGAAAAUUCAAUCCAUACCAAAUUGCCAUAUCCGCGCAAGAAGAAGGCAAAGGCAAAUGAUCACCAACAAUUCAAAAAGUUUAUGAAGAUGCUUCAUGAUCUCCAAAUUAAUAUUCCUUUUGCAGAAGUGUUGGAACAAAUGCCGGUUUAUGCCAAAUUUAUGAAAGACCUCUUGACAAAGAAGCGGAAACCUCUUGAUGACGACACGGUUGAUAUGACUGAGGAAUGUAGUGCUAUAAUUCAAAAGAAGCUUCCUCAAAAGAAGAAAGAUCCAGGAAGCUUUACUAUACCAUGUUCUAUAGGCAACAUUUCUGUCGGUCGAGCUCUAUUUGAUUUAGGAGCAAGCAUCAAUUUAAUGCCGUUGUCCAUGAUGAAGAAGAUACCGGGGGCGGUUGCUAAACCUACAAAGAUGCAACUCUCUUUGGCCGAUCGAUCAAUAGUGCAUCCAUAUGGCAUACUUCAUGAUGUAUUGGUAAGGGUUGCUGAAUUUGUGUUUCUGGCGGAUUUUGUAAUUCUUGAUAUGGAAGAUGAUGCCGAGGUAGAACCGUUGUUAUUGGGUAGGCCAUUUUUAGCUACCGGUAGAGCAUUGAUUGAUGUCGAGAUGGGAGAACUUAUGUUGAGAACACAUGGAGAGCAAGUCAUGUUCAAUGUGUUCAAAGCUAUGAAACACCAUGAUGAUGAACCACAAUGUUUCAAAGUUGAUGUAAUUGAGGAAGUGGUGGAAGCAGGGACGGAUCCAGACAUGAAAAUCUGGUGUGGCUAA